GAAUAGUUUUGAGGACAAAAUGUGAUUAUUACAUAGUUUAGUAUAUAUUAACGUAUGUUUAGAUACAGAAAAUGAAGAAAUAACUCGAGCUAUGGCUGAAUUUUAAAAAUAAUCUUCAAUACUGGCAAACAAUUGCCAGAAUCCUGCAGUUGUCAAUGACGCUUUGAAUGCCAUUUGAGCACAGGAUAGUUUCUAGCACUCAGUUUGAGACAUGGACGAAAAUAUACAGCAAUUAAAGAAGCGAUUGUACGUGAAAAUAUCCACAACAGAAGACGUCACGUUACUAAGACAUCAUUUGGAAAAAUGUAAGAAAACAGAAGUAUUGCAAUGGAUUGAUGAAAACGGCUACGAUAUCUUACACCAUACAAUAAUGGCAGGUAAUGUUGAGGCAGAGGGCAUGCUUUUUGCUUUGGGAUUGUUUAAACCCCCGCACGAACCGAAGAAGCAUUCCUACAUACACGUUGCCGCUAAUUUUGGAAAUCGAUCGGUCACUGCGAUGUUAUUGCAAGAGCGACCACAAGAUUAUACGACAACGAAAACAAAGUUUCAGUGGGUGAAACCGCCUACUGAGAUGCCGUUCGUUUCGAAGGAUGGCACAAGUCGUGUUGGUCCACUUGACGUUGCAGCUGAAUGUGGGUAUGUUGGUUGUGUUAGGACAAUUCUCGAUGUUUCAUCUGUCAGAAGUCGUUUAAAUAUUGAUCCUUACAACUAUCUUUCAGCCGCUUGUGCAAGUAAUUCACCCAGUGCGUUGAGAUUGUUACUUAAACAAGACCCGAACAAAGAUGAUAUUAAAACAGCAGUAGGAGCAGCUUUAAAACUUGCAAACGCUGAAUGCUUAGACGUUUUGCUACGUUGCAAUCCAAAUUUGACUUCUUUAUUCAGUGGUAUGAACUUGUACCACGUACUGUUUUCAUACAGUAUGUCUUUCAAGAAAGAAUGGUACGAAUCAUUGUUAACUGUCACAUCCGUUCUCUUGAAACACAACCAGAAUCCGAUGUCAUCAGUGCCAUUCAGGACCUAUCCGUUAUAUAGUCUGAUCAGCCAUAUUCCUUCUUCAGAGUUCGGAAAAUCAUCAACUUUCAUCACAGCAUGCAUGGUUGUUCUUUUGAAUGCCCAUGUUGAUCCAAACUUCGAUGAAGUCGACUUUGAGACAAAGCAUGAAUCUUUGAACAUUCAGACAGCUUUUGGUCGCUCAGCAUUUCCCUCGGCGCUACACUGUUUGUAUGGAAAUGUUCCUAAUCUUCUGCGACAUUUUGAUGACGAUGUUACAAAUAUUCGCCGAUUUGUAACGAAAGCUACAGAGACACUUCUGCGUCAUGGCGCAGAUCCAGACCUACCUGGGCCCAUUGAAGACAGCAACCAGGUUGGUAAUGCGUUGCAUGCCUUCAUGAAAGUGUUAGUUCCUCUAGGAUUGGAUGAGCGAAGCAUGACCACCUUCAGACUAUUGAUGCAAAAUGGAUCAAAUCCAAACCACGAUAGUGAAGGAACAUACCCACUGAAUACAUUCAUCAACGAGAUACUGGUGCACUCGCAAGCUUUUGGAAAGAUCUCAAAGUACGAGGAAGCUUCAACAGUGGAACAUGUGAAAGAAGUAGUGCUUACACUUCUCGGUAAUAUGACACAAGUUGCUCUUAUUGGAUCAUCAAGAAUGGAGUUUGAGGGUAAACCAACCAAUGAUGUGCAAAGAAAGAUGUUCAAACUGUGCAGAGAUGAGAUAGUAAAAUACGGGAGCCAACUACUUAGUCUAAAAAAGAUGUGCAGGUUAAAGAUUCUAGAAGCAUGUAGAUGGAGGUCUACUUCAGUGGUAGAACUGCCUUUGCCUCUGGUUAUGAAGAAAUACAUCAAUCAGUGUUGAAAAAAGUGGCCAAAUGUAUGAUAUGCUGAGAUUUUAUGAGCUUUUAACUUUUGUUUUGCAUUUAAAUUUAAGUUUUAAAGUUUGCUAAUAAAUGUUUCAAUGUAUUGCUUGUUCUUAUGUUCAAAGAAACAGUACAUGCAUGUUAUUAUUUGAUCUUGUAAAUGGAACACAAUGCCAUGUAAAGCUGAAAUAUGAACAUCACAUGGCAUAGCAGUGACUGUAUUUUUGAAGGGUAAAUGUAUACACUUGACUAUUCUGGUAACAUUUUUAAACAUCUAGUAAAACAUCUUCGUAACAUUUA